CGGUGUGUGUUGCUGAGGGACAGCUGGUCGCUGUGGACUCAGAGGAGAGGGAGCAGAGAGACAGUCUUCAUCAGUCAGCGGAGGUCUGCCUCUCUCCUCCUCCGUCCCGGCUCAGCUCUCUGAUGGUCCCGGCUGUUCCCGCAGCCCCCCCCCCCCCCGCACACACAGUCUGGACCUCACAGCUCCCCCCCUGCGGUGCUCCUACCCUCCGAGUCUAGAUGACGGGCGGGCGGUUCGACUUUGACGAUGGGGGGACUUACUGCGGGGGCUGGGAGGACGGGAAAGCCCAUGGACACGGCGUCUGCACCGGACCGAAGGGGCAGGGAGAGUACUCCGGAUCUUGGUCCAACGGCUUCGAGGUGGUGGGGGUCUACACCUGGCCCAGCGGGAACGUGUUCCAGGGAUACUGGACUCAGGGGAAGAGGCACGGUCUCGGCGUGGAAACCAAGGGAAGGUGGAUUUACCGAGGGGAGUGGACCCACGGGUUCAAGGGUCGCUAUGGAGUCCGACAGAGCCUGAACACACCGGCCAGGUACGAGGGCACCUGGAGCAACGGACUGCAGGACGGCUACGGCGUGGAGACGUACGGGGAUGGAGGUACGUACCAGGGUCAGUGGACCGGUGGGAUGCGUCAUGGUUAUGGUGUUCGUCAGAGUGUACCGUACGGUAUGGCCUCGGUCGUCCGCUCUCCUCUACGGACCUCUCUGGCCUCUCUCCGCAGUGAGCAGAGUAACGGCACGGUGCUGCGUGACAGCCUGUCCGACAGUCCUGCUGGAACACGUGGAGGCUUCGUACUCAACUUCCACUCAGACGGGGAAGGUUCAGAGAAGAAGAAGGGUCUCUUUCGCCGCGGCUCUCUCUUCGGUAGCCUCCAGCGACUGCGCAAGUCAGACUCCCGCUCCUCGAUCUCCAGUAAACGCAGCUCAGCGCACAGCGACACCACCAUGAGCCGCAUCAGUUCCAGCGACGCCAACUCCACCAUCAGCUUUGGAGACGGAGACGCGGGCGAUGACUUCCUGCCUCUAGAGGACAACGUGGACGCCACCACCACAGAGUCCUACAUGGGAGAGUGGAAGAACGACAAGCGAUGCGGCUUCGGGGUGUCAGAGCGAUCCAACGGCAUGAAAUACGAAGGCGAAUGGUUGAACAAUAAGCGUCACGGCUACGGAUGCACAAUCUUUCCUGAUGGAACCAAGGAAGAGGGGAAGUACAAGAACAACGUGCUGGCUCGGGGCAUCAGGAAGCAGCUGAUCCCGCUGAAAAACACCAAGACCAAACAGAAGGCGGACCGAGCCAUCGAGGGGGCGGUGAGAGCUGCAGCCAUCGCCAGAACCAAAGUGGAGAUCGCCAUCUCAAGAACGUCACACGCCCGGGCAAAAGGUGAGGCUGCAGACCAGGCUGCACAGUCAUCCAAUCAGGACUCAGAUAUCGCCCGUGCUGUAGCCAGAGAGCUGUCCCCCGCCUUCCACCAGCCAGGCCCUGACUACAUCCGACAGAAGUACAAUGAGCCAGUGGAGGUGAAGGAGGUGGUGGAGGAGAAAAAGGAGAAAUCUCCAUCAGGAAGCCCUCACUUCUACAGGAAAGGCACGACGCCUAACCAGUCUCCCUCUCAGAGUCCAGCUCCCAGCCCCCCUCCCUCACCCUCAGCCGGAAUAAAGACCUUCUUGAGCAGUAAGGCCAGUGUCGCUCCUGCUGCCAAAGAGAACAAAGCUCCGCCGGCCGAGUCCCUGACAGCAGGCAUAACAAAGGCAGCAUCCAAACAGUCACUAAGACAGGAAGUCAGACAACAAGAGGCGCCCGCUGCAGUCAAACCCGCCCCUCCCACGACCACCAGCAGUUACCCCAGCAAUGGGCAGAUUCACUCCCAGUACCACGGGUACUAUGUCAUGGCCGACGUCAAGGCCCUGCCACCGGAAGACCCCAUCGGUCUGGAGGAUGACUUCCACCCGUCAAGCAUGGCACGCUUGCCGCCACCUGCCAAACAGAUUCUGGCACCAGCACCGAAAGCCCUGCCCGCCCCGAGCCCUUCAGCAGCUCCACCCAAAGAGUCCGCCAAAGCUCCAGAGUCUGCCAAACCAAAAAGACAGGAAUCAACUAAACCAAAGAGCCUCUCAGAAACCAAGAAAGCUAGCAUGGAAAUAGCUCCUGAAAUCCUCGAAGAAGAGUCGGGCCCUAACUCCGUCCUGGUGGCUCUGGUGAUGCUGCUGAACGUAGGUCUAGCUAUCAUUUUUGUCCAUUUCCUCACCUGACCAAAUCUUCACUCAGUGGACUCGUCCAAACUGGGAGUCGCUAACUCUCCGUCAGCCAAAGGGGCCUUUUCAAAUAUGCCGCCAGUCAGAACGGCAGACACCAGCAGGACGGAGGACUGAAAAUAGACUAAUGAAGGAAGGAGGAGGAGGAAGAGGAGGAGGAGAUGAAGGGAGGAAACAGAAGGAGCAGAGGGAAGAGAAAAAGCAGAGAGAGAAAGAUGAAACUUCCACCAUCACCCACCCACCCCCCUUGGGUGCCUGAGUCGGACCUGAUUGGACUGGCGAUGAUUUGUGACUCCGCUCAGAGUGCAGUGACAGCUGAAGCAGGCAGAGGCUGUUUAGAGAAGGCCUGAGCCCCUCCAUCCAGGUUCCCAAUAACAGGAGGCCAGCAGAGGAGAGUGAAUGGGAGUGAGGCUGAGACCUGGCAUCUGUACUGCCCAUAAAUGCCUGUAAUGUGUGUGUGCUCAUCCAACUGUUCAGCUCCUUUGGAAGCUUUGAAAUGCUGCAAUAAAAAGCUUGUGCGCCGUC